GGUUAGCAGGCAUACCUACUUAAGUAAAACUUUAACUUGACAAUUGACAUUUGAAAUGAGCUACGAGUUGUAGUCGAUUUCGAUUAAGCCAAGUUUGACUUUUGCAUUACAAGAGGAUUAUAACUAUUAUAAGAAAAUGGCACAACCUAAAGCAGAUAUCGCCCUUAUUGGGUUAGCCGUGAUGGGUCAAAAUUUGAUUUUGAAUAUGGACUCCAAAGGAUUUAUAGUUUGUGCCUUUAACAGAACAGUAGAAAAGGUCGACCAAUUCCUUGCAAAUGAAGCAAAGGGUACAAAAAUCAUUGGUGCAAAAUCUUUGGAAGAUAUGGUUGCGAAACUAAAAAAGCCAAGAAAAGUUAUGUUGUUAGUUAAAGCUGGAUUUGCUGUGGAUGAGUUCGUAAAGAAGUUAUUGCCCUUACUGGAAAAAGGUGACAUUAUUAUUGAUGGUGGCAACUCACAGUACACAGAUACCCAACGCUGGUGUAAAGAGUUAGCUUCGACUGGUAUACAUUAUAUUGGGAUGGGGGUAAGUGGUGGUGAGGAUGGAGCACGCUAUGGACCCUCUCUUAUGCCUGGAGGUCACCCGGCAGCCUGGCCACAUGUUAAACCAAUAUUCCAGGCAAUAAGUGCAAAAGUGAAUGGUGAGCCAUGCUGUGAUUGGGUGGGCGAAGAUGGUGCCGGCCACUUUGUUAAGAUGGUACAUAAUGGUAUAGAAUAUGGAGACAUGCAGCUCAUUUGUGAAGCAUAUCAUCUUAUGAAGGAUGUUCUUGGUAUGGAUCAGGACGAGAUGGCUAAAGUAUUUGAUGAGUGGAAUAAAGGAGAACUGGAUUCAUUCCUUAUUGAAAUUACUCGUGAUAUUUUGAAAUUCAAGGAUGCUGAUGGAAAACAUCUGCUGCCAAAGAUUCGUGAUGCUGCAGGACAGAAGGGCACAGGAAAAUGGACAGGAAUUAGUGCCUUGGAAUAUGGAGUGCCGGUAACACUAAUAGGAGAAGCUGUAUUUGCUCGUUGCCUCUCUGCUUUGAAAGAGGAACGAGUUACCGCAAGUAAAAGUUUGCCGGGUUCCACUCUCAAGUUCAGUGGUGACAAGAAACAGUUCCUCGAGCACCUGCGUAUGGCUCUGUUCGCCAGCAAGAUUAUAUCUUACGCGCAAGGCUUCAUGCUUCUCAGAGAGGCUGCUAAGGAUAACAAAUGGAAUUUGAACUAUGGAAGUAUAGCUCUCAUGUGGCGUGGAGGUUGUAUCAUACGAAGUGUAUUCCUCGGAAAUAUUAAGGACGCGUACACGAAGAACCCUCAACUGUCGAAUCUGCUCCUUGACCCAUACUUUUGCGAGCGCAUUAGCACCUGUCAGCCGUCACUGCGUCAGGUCGUGGCUCAAGCGGCUUUGCUCGGAGUGCCAGUUCCUGCUUUCAGCGCCGCACUCGCUUUCUAUGACGGAUACCGUGCUAAUAUGUUGCCAGCUAAUCUGUUACAGGCACAACGUGACUACUUCGGCGCCCACACUUAUGAGCUGUUGACGAAGCCAGGAGACUUCAUGCAUACCAAUUGGACCGGCCACGGCGGAAAUGUCUCUGCAUCUACUUAUAAUAAGUAAUUCUUCUUCCAGAUCUGUAUUUAUCUCAAAAGACAUGUGAUAUAAUAAAUCAAUGUAUUUCACAAUGAUUUAAAACAUUUUAAAAUCUAUUAACGCUGUUUUCUCUUUAAAUAAAUUUAUUAUUUUUAUAAUUUUAUGUAUAGCUACCACGAUUAGCUGUAUCAAAUAAUGCAUUCCUUGACGGUUAUUCCAUUGUAUGUAUUUAUAAGAUUUUAUACUUUUAUAAAUAAACUGUA